ACAGCUGAGAAGAGUUCAGUUGCAGACAUGAUGGCUGGCUGUGUGUAGCGUAGUCUAAGUUGUAUCAAAAUGAGGCUGUUAUAGAGCUCAUUUGUGGUAAAAGUUGAAUUUGUCAGUCAAGUGAAGAGAAGAAAAAGUGAUAACGUUUCUACCCGUGCUGUGAUUCUUGAAAAAUAGUACCUAACGCAGUGGAGAAUGCGUUGUUGUUAAAGUGUUGUGUAUUUGGGGCUAUUGAUCCUUGAAGAAGUGUGCAAGACAAAGAAGUCUUGCAAUGCAUUAUAGUGUUGUGAAAUAUGUGAAUUGAUUUGAAACAACCACCAUGGAGAUCGUCGGAGACUACGAGUACAACAGCAAAGACCUGAUUGGGCACGGCGCGUUCGCCGUCGUUUUCAAAGGUCGCAAACGCAAGGAUCCUAAUUAUGUUGUAGCAAUUAAGAGUAUUUCCAAGAAAAGUCUUGCUAAAUCACAAAAUCUCUUAGGCAAGGAGAUAAAAAUUUUGAAGGAGCUAACAGAACUUCACCAUGAAAAUGUUGUGGCACUUUUGGACUGCAAAGAAUCACCUCUCCAAGUCUUCUUGGUUAUGGAAUAUUGCAAUGGUGGAGACUUGGCUGAUUAUCUAAGCGUGAAAGGAACCUUAAGUGAGGACACUAUUCGCCUCUUCCUCCGGCAGCUAGCUGGAGCCAUGAAAGCUUUGUAUGCUAAGGGCAUUGUGCAUCGAGAUCUGAAACCUCAAAAUAUUCUCUUGAGCCACUCAGGUGGAAAGCCAUGUCCACAACCGCAGGAAAUUAGACUUAAAAUUGCUGACUUUGGCUUUGCAAGAUUUUUACAAGACGGUGUCAUGGCUGCCACACUAUGUGGCUCACCAAUGUACAUGGCUCCUGAGGUGAUAAUGUCUCUCCAGUAUGAUGCAAAAGCAGAUUUAUGGAGCUUGGGAACCAUUGUUUUCCAGUGCUUGACAGGGAAGGCGCCAUUUCAAGCUCAGACUCCUCAAGCGCUUAAGAAUUUCUAUGAGAAGAAUGCCAAUCUAUCCCCAAAAAUUCCAGCAGGAACAUCUCCUGAGCUACGGGACCUCUUACUUGGCCUCCUGAGAAGGAAUGCACGGGAGCGUAUGACUUUUGACUCUUUCUUCACCCACCCUUUCCUGCAGCGUGAAGCUGAACCUACACCUGCUCCACCAAUGCCUGGUGAACUUCCCCCUUCACCACGUGCGCUUUUCCAACCGCCUGCUACGCAGAGUCCAACUCACAAGGCACGUUUAGAUACGUGUGGAUCUCAACCUGGAUCUCCUGUGUCAGGCCGUCAACAUGGAAGUAGUUCAAGUCCUGAGGACACUGAUGAUUUUGUUCUAGUGCCAGCUAACAUACCAUCCGACCACUCGAGUGACAGCAAUCCUGAAAGGCCGUCUAGGACGAGAACAUCCAGCGCCUCAGCUGCAAGCCCUCCAAGGCCCAGUUUCCUACCCAUUUCGGAGCCUAUCCCUGUUCCCACUCACCGUGAUGCUUUCCAGCAGAGGCAAUCCAUUCACUCCCAAGACAACGAACCCUCCAAGGGCUCAGUGCCACGUUCUCAACCGAUAAACAUGAGACGAGCUUCAGAUCAACGAGCCGCCAACGCCACACCUGACUUGAGUUCACUUUCUCCCCCUGCUGUUCAAUUCAUGAUUGGCACACCUCCCAAUGGUGGCUGUGGUCAGCGUAGAAGGUCUGCAUCAGGCAGCUCGUGUGAGACCCCUCCACCAGUCAGCACCUGGCAAGUCACUCCUACCAGCUCACCCUUGCGGAGAUCUGGAGCCAGCUCCCCUUUACUUUCUGGACCACUGGCAGUUCUGCCAUCAAUACUCGGCUCUCCAAACAGGAUGUCUGAAAAUAAUAACAUGCGACAGUCCCCUCUGAUGCCAUUUGGAUCCAGAGCUAUGACCCUCCCAGAGAUAUCUGAGGCUGGCAAUUUCCAAAGAUUAUUCCAGGACGCAAAUCAGCCCUCAAACAUUGAUGCUCCUUUAACAUUUCUUGCUCCUGAACUACCUGAAGAAACCUUACUGGAGCGUGAACACAAUGAAACCCUUGCCAAACUUCACUUUGUUUUGGCAUUGUCAGAUUGUGUACUGGAACUAGCUGGUUCCAGAGGAACGCCUCUGGCUGCUUUGACAGAGAGUGUUAAUCUGGGAGGCGGGGGUUCUCCUAACGGUUCAUCAAACAUAACUGGAAAUGGCGUGAUUUCGGAGGGCGCUCGUCGAGCAGAGCAGCUUGUGCUUUUAGUCCGAGCCCUGCAACUUCUGAGCUCUGGUUUGAGUCUUGCAACUCAACAAAUAAGAGCAGGGCACCUUCAACCAUCUUCCUCUGUCAAAAGUGUUGUUGGUAUAAUGAACCAAAAGUUUCGUCAGUGUCUGGCUGACUGCAAGCAGUUGAACACCCCCGGGCUGCUCCAAAAAGCGGGUGUAGACCCAGCUACUACAAAUAUAGCAGCUGACAAGAUACUUUACAAUCAUGCCAUUCAAAUGUGCCAGUCAGCGGCUUUGGAUGAAUUGUUUGGCAAUCCGGAAGAUUGUUUCCAGAGGUAUCAAACAGCCCAAAUCCUUCUGCAUUCCCUAUCGCAACAAGUGCAUCAUCAGCAAGACAGGGCAUUGCUUACUAAAUACAAAGAUGCUGUUGAGAAGAGGCUGUUUGUUCUGCAACAGCAGGGUUUUAUUUACUCAACACAAUGCUUCACCCAUUUGGCGUAGGAGCUACAGGCAUUGUCCCUGUAAUGCUUUGUCAAGCACCUGCAUUCUCUUUGCAUGCAAUAACCAUGUAAGCGGAUGUGUACAAUAGCUUGCUUAGACAUUCACGUCUUCAAAAAAGAAAAACAUGAAAAAAUAAUUUUAAUUUUGUACUUCAGGUAUAAGUAACCCUUCAUCUUGGAAACCAAUUUUACCCAAAAUGUUUAUUUUAUGAUUACUUCUUGUUUGGUUGUCGUUCUCACCAUCUUUUUGUUGAUAAUUUGUGGGCCAGACAACCAACUGUCCUUUCCUCUUGUUUUUCCAUCCUCCCUCAAAUUAGAUUUUAAGUUGACAUAGUCUCAUUUCGACUGAUUAGGAACCAUUGUUUUGUUAAAGUAUGGAAGCCAAGUGUAACUAUUUUUGUAAUCGUGCCCUCACCUAGUUUACAGUCAGUGUGGCAAGAUUUAGAGUUAAAGUUAUGAUCUAUUAACAGUUGAUAAUUCUGUUCUCUACAGGUUUUAUUCAGGUUGUGUGACUUCUCCCACCUUUUUGUAAAUGAGAAAUGAAAAUUUGUUUUUAGCUACAACCUACUUAUUGGUGUUUUAAAAUUAAGGUGUUUUAUCACUUUUUGAGAUUUAUUCUUUUUGCAUUGUUUAUGAUGCACUGUAUCAUACAGCACUUAUACUUUUAAAUGAAGUCAUGAUUGAAAAUUUCUAGGCUAAGGCAGAAGGCUUUGGGAACCUACUCUGGUGUGAAUUAUCUAAGGUUCUAAGUGGAAGAUACAACGAGGAAGAAGAGUUAAGUCAUUCCACUCCAUGUCCUACACUCAUUUUUUUCUCUCUCUAUCAAGUUAUUGUUUCAUCCAGUUGUCUACUAAAUAAUGACCCUUAUCUGCACAAAAGCCAUUUUAUUCAUUUUAAAACUACCCAAAAGUGAACAACUUGGCUACUAGCUCAUAGUCUUAUAGGCUCUGUUUUUAUUACCUAUUACAUGUAAUUAUGACAGUAUUCUGGUAGAAUGCGAGUAGUAGCCUUAAGGCUUAAUAUGUGUGUUUUCUGUGUUAUGUUAAUUUUAUUCAAAUAUUACCUGUGUCCAUUAGUGUGUCGUACUUAUAAUGUAAAGCCAAGUUGUUCAACAUAGUGAAAAAUGUGCAUGAAGCAAUGCAAUACAAUGUCUGUGUUGGAACAUUAACUCAAAUCAAAAGCAUGAUGGUGCACAUGCUUCUUACUAGCCAUGCCUAUUGGUGUUCAUUUUAGUUUCCCAGAACGCAUUUUUUAGGCAUUAUAGCGGAAAGAUACAUGCUAGAAGUAUUUUUCCUUUUUUUACGGCGAGGAUAUCUCACCGUGUUGACAGCACUGAUAUUCUCAUCUUGCUACUUAACAAAUUCUCCUUGCCUUAGUGAUAUCUUAUAGCUAGUCUUUAUUCCCGUGCAAUGAAAAACUCUUCAGAUUACUUUUUUCUGUUAUUUUCUAAUUUCUUCUAUAAAUUGUUGAAUUUGAAAGUGCUAUUCAAAUGUUAUUCUUUUUUUUAAAAUUCAUUCUGAAUUGAAAUGUCUUUAAUACUUAUUGGUUUUCUCUGUAAGUAGAUUGAUUUACUGUUUUCCACGAAAACCAGCUAAGGUUAAUUUUCUUUGUUUCAUUUUUAUUUAUUAUCUUGAUUUAUAGUGAUUAUUUUUGUUUGUAUUAUCGUCUGUUGAUCUACCAUUUGUUUAUUUGUGGAAUGGAGGUGUCCUUGUCUUAUUGCGUGAAUUGUUUACUAAAGUAUUAUGGCAAAUUUAUAUCAUUUAUAUUUGGCUUAAUCAUAGCCAUUGCUCUACUGUAUUUAGCCGAAUUUAGUCCUCACCCCCUUCUCACUAGGAUAGAAUUGGGUUAGUACAUCAGAAGAAAACAAACAAAGUAAUGUCUGUUCAAACCUUUGUAAAUUAGGAUCUUCAAAUAGUACCCCCUCCUACUUUGGAGACAUUUUUUUGUUUGAUUUAUGGGAGACUGUAUUCGGAUAAAUAUGGCAGCUGUAAAUCAUUUCAAAACAGGAAAUUUAAUCAAAACUUAGUAACUUCUGAUACUUUCUCAGGGGGGAGCUGGAGUCAAGUCAUGUGCGGUGACACUGGUGCACAAUCCUGUUUUGAAACAACGUGUGAAUGUUACUGCUUCUAAUGUAGGCCUGUCACGUUUUCGUUGAUUUGGGAUUGUGCCCUAGUGUCACUAUGGAUGCAUCAUCACUCAAAUGUAUUUUUGCAAAUGCAAAUUUCAAUGCUGUAGACAUGAACUGAGUGCUUGUUUAGGAAAGAAGUGUGACUGUUCAUUGUGAAAAUUUGUGUGAAUGCAUGUAUGUGUGUGUAUGUAUGUAAAUAUUAUUUAUUGUGUGUGGUGUCUUCCUUGUUCUGGAGCCUUGUUUCGCAAGAGAAGCCUAAUUCAUCACUUGGAUGUGUACGCAACAAACUAUGCAGAUGAUUCUUUGUGAAUAAACAAAGAAAUUGCCUCAAUUGAAA